AUGACAUUCAAAGUAUUCGCAAAGACACGAAGGAUGCAAGCACGGACAAAAGCACUCUUCUGGUCGUACGGAAAGGACUGGGCCCUCGUCAUCGUCGUCCUCGCCGCCUUCUCUUACAUCGACACCUUGGAUCCCUACCACCGCCAGUUUUCUGUCAAGGACAUCACGAUCCAGCAUCCCUUUGCCAAGAAGGAAACCGUUCCAAUCUGGAUGGCCUUUGUGCUGGCGUUUAUUGUGCCUGGAAUAAUUAUCGGAUGUGUCGCCAUCUUUCACCGCAAAUCAUACACCGACCUCCACAACGGUCUCCUCGGUCUCUUCCUCGCCCAAGCACUCGUCCUCAUCGUCACCGACAGCAUCAAGAUUGCGGUGGGAAGACCAAGACCGGACUUUUUGGACCGAUGCUUCGAUAUCUACGACAAAGCGGCAGCAGGAACACCCAUUGGCAUCAUGUCUGACCCAGAGAACAUGCUCUCCUCCUCCAGCCUCUGCACCAGGACAGAUCUCCUCAAGGACGGCUUCAAAUCCUUCCCAUCUGGCCACUCUUCCUUCUCCUUUGGUGGCCUCGGAUACCUCUCGCUCUACCUUGCAGGAAAACUCCACCUCUUUGACGAACGCGGACACAUCUACAAGUCGAUCGUCGUCCUCGCACCCUUGAUCCUCGCUGCUCUGAUCGCCAUCUCCCGAGUCGACAACUACAGACAUCAUUGGCAGGACGUGACCGUGGGCUCGAUCAUCGGCACUGUCUUUGCGGUCUUUGCGUACCGUCAGUACUACCCAUCGUUGGGGGCCAAAAAGUCCGCUAACCCGUUUGCAAUUCGCUCGGUUGACCAUGUCUUGCCGACUUCGUUGCUCCCAGGCGGGCGUCGUGAGGAACAUUCAGCUCAGCAGCAGGCGUUUUUGGAUGACGGUGGAUUGGGACCUUUGGUCGGUACUAGUCUGGACACCAUACAUAUCAGCGGUAACGACAACAACAAUGGCCAGGCUGGCAAUGAUCCUAAUAAGGUGUAUGGCAACCAACCCAAUUCAACCUUUAACCAGCCGCGUUAA